AUGCGUCAAUUCAUAUAUUUAUUAAUAAGUUGUUUAUGUUUAACUAUAGUGAAUGCCGUGUCAUCAAAACAAUCAUCAGAAAAAGAAUAUGCAUUAAUUUUAUAUGACCCAGAAUUAAUACCUUUAAACAGUACAGAUAUAUCAUUAUUGAGUCCUGAAAUUCAAACAUUUGUAAAUUAUUUAAAAGAGAAUUAUGAUUUAACAAUUGCUGAUUAUAAUGAUGAAGAAGUUGAAUUAUUUUACCAAGAUUAUUUAAGGUUCGAUCAAUUAAUUCUUUUACCAUCACUGAAAAAGGGGAUCAAGAAUAAAUCAAAUUUGAAUCAAGAGUCAUUAACAAAGUUCAUUAAUGAAGGUGGAAAUAUUUUUGCAGUCGGUGGGUCUUCAAGUACUUUACCUGAUGGAAUUAGAUCAUUCUUAAAUGAAAUUGGAAUUUACCCAAGUCCUAAAAAUUACAAAUUCAUUGAUCAUUUUAAUUCCAAAAAUAAUAAAAUUCAAUUGAAUGAAGAAACCAACUUAAUUCCUGGUAAUAAGAUUAUAAAUAACUUGAAAACUGCUGAGUAUAAUGAUGGGAAUACAGUUUUAAUCUCAAAUAAUGAUUUAAUCCAACCAAUAUUAAAAUCUUCUAAAACCGGAUACACUAACAAAAUUGGAGAAUCAAUUCAUGGUGAAACAACUUGGACUUUUGGAGAACAAGGUUAUUUAGCCGUGGGAUUCCAAGCGUUAAAUAAUGCAAGAUUAGUAUGGAUCGGAUCAAUUGACUUAUUAAAUGAUGAAUCAUUAUAUAAAUGGUGUUUCCAAGAAACUGGAGUUAUAAAAUUAGAUUUUGUUCAACAUUCAAAUGAUAAUGAACCUACAAAAUUAAAUCCUCAUUUAUAUAGAAUUAAAGACAAUGCCAUCUAUACAAUUGGAAUGUCAGAAUUAGUGGAUGGAGAAUGGGUGCCAUAUAAAGUCGAAAAUACAGAGGAUAAUUUACAAAUGUCAUUUAAAAUGUUAGAUCCUUAUCAAAGAUUGAAUUUAUUACCUAUGGGACCAGUAAGUUCAAAAGAAAACUCUACAACUUUGGAUAGUUUUGCAUAUUAUGUCAAUUUCACAAUUCCAGAUCAUCAUGGUAUGUUUACAUUUGAGUUGGAUUAUAAGAGAAAUGGAUUAAGCUAUAUUUUAGAUAAAAAAGUUGUAACUGUUAGACAUUUAGCAAAUGAUGAAUUCAAAAGGUCUUGGGACAUUUCAAACUCUUGGUUAUACAUCGCUAGUACUGCGUUGGUUAUAAUAUCAUGGAUCAUAUUUGUAGUUAGUUACGUAUAUAUAGUAUAG